CAGACCUGUGUCAAACGUCAGACACAGACCUUUGAAUGCUCUGCUUUUCUCUCAACAACCUCGAAGCGACAUCAAUGCAGCCUCUCUUUUGGCCUGCGCCCAGAGGUCUCUCACUCGUCACCCAUGUCCCUCUCUCUCUCUCUUUGCCCCUCCCUCGUCCGUCGACCCCACGAUGCCCACGAUAUCCUCCCCGGCGCUCCAGCCGACCGUCGAACGGGCCCCAAGGCGGCAAACAUCGCCCUCCAUUCCGAUAUGCAAGCACGGCCUCGAAAGCGCCAUCGAGUUCGCCCAUUGGGGGCAGAGAAGACACAAACACCUCGAUCACCAACAACGCCCGAACCGAACCGCCCUCUGAUCGUGCUGUUUGGACGGCAUGCCUCUCGGCUGUCCCGUCUGUUUUGAAGCAUUGCUUCCCAUCUAUUUUGGCCAGCCGUCUCGUUUACCGAGUCGAGUCAGCGCUUCGAGAUACAUGCUCACCCUCUCCAGGUGGAGGAGAAACCUCGACAAACACAGUCUGCCUCCUGGUUGUCAUCCCGCAUGACUUGCCCCGGGCCUGUCUAGAUGCCUGUCAUCCAGACUCGUGCUCAGCCAGGCACCUCGGUCCAUGGACGCUCCAUGACCAGGGUAACGGACGGCGGUGGACAUACGCACGUCCAUCCACCUAGCCAGAUCCAACCAUACCGUGUCUUGGUUGAUACAUGAGCUUUCCUAAAGGGACCAGCUUGCGAACAGUCUCUUUGUUUUUUCUCCGAUUCUUGAUACCACGAAUGCUACCGCAUGCAAGUGCUUGCGGAUCAGGUCGUUGCAACACCCUCUCAACGAUAUCUCCAAAGCUCGUAUUUCCUCUCUGUUCGUUCAUCACGGUCUCAGUGCCAGCGCCCCCAACGUCUCGGUGCCAAUCCUGCCUGCUCUGUGUGUAUACUGCCUACUCAUAACAGCACACAAAGGCCUGGGUCUACGGGGCCAUCGUUAGGCGGCUCCCACACACCCCUGCUCAGUCUUGGACUUCUUGGCUUGUCCACCAUCCCGGGCCACGCCCCCAGGACUCCACAUUGGUCUGUAACGGGCCUCAGAGCUGUUGUGUGUCUGCCCCCCUGUCUGCCCAGUGGGACUGGAUGUGCCUCGAGCCGAACGUCAUGCAACCCAUAGCGGGCAUUAUUACCCAUCCCUUCCCCCCGCCACGCCUCGUUGCUUUCUUCUCUUCUGUUUAUUUCUCCUCCACCAAGGUCUUACCUGUGGAUAUCUUCAUCUACCAUCACGACGCUGUUGCGUGUGUGUCCCACUCUUUCUUCUUUCUCUUCUCGCAGCUAAACAUAGUCACUCUUUGAUCUUGCCCAACUAGCUUGGCUGCUUACAUUCUUUUUUGGAGAGAGAUUGGUUUCAUUCUUCGACGACAGUAUAAUCUGGUUCAUUAUACUCGACUUUUUAAACAACUCCUUUUUUUUUUCUUUUUACCUCUUUCACAAACAUUCGAUUCGUUCCUCGUGCUCGUUGACAUCGCUCCUCGGCAGCCGGUCACUCACUUCCUUGAGUGCUUGAUCUUCCAACCCGAAACGAAACGACUCUUCGAUUCUUACAGCAGCAAGUUCUGCUCGUUCCUUUUUUGAACAACCUUCGAUUCUUGGGACAUACCGCCUGGAAAAGACAGCUGGAUCUGACAAACACGCCUCAGCACACUUUUCCUCGACUUGUUUUGGUACACUGAACAGCCGGAAAGGACAGAACCUUGUGAAAUUGGAUUAUGAUGUCCCCAACAAUUCCCAUGACGGCCCAAGCCGGGCCCUAUACCCCUACCACCGACGCCAUGGAUCGUCAUGAAUUCGGUGUCACAAAAAACAGAAAGGCAACUUCGACUGGUGGCGGGAGAGCAUGGAGCGAGGAGGAGGAGCUCUACCUUCUUCAGACACGUCUCCAGAAAAUGCCCUACAAGCACAUUGCCGCCCACUUGAAGAAGACUGAGCUCGCGUGCCGCCUUCAUUAUCACCAGCUCAGCCAUGGCAGCAACCGCCGCAAGCGUACCACGUCCACGUCAUCGGGAUCCUCGAACAGCGGACACUCCCCUCCGCUUCACGGCUCGAUUCCCUCGCCCAUCCGGGAGCAGGACGAUUCGCUCAGCCGAUCUGCAUCUCCUCCCGGCUCCGCACGAUCUUAUGGUUCGAUCAGCCCAACUGGCAUUCAGCUCCCCAGCAUCAUGACGGCUACCGCUUCCGCCAGCGAAUCCCCCCGCCUGCCCACCAUCCUUCCCAAACCGGCCUCGAUGAAGCUCGCCCUCGCGUCUAUUGGCGGUUCGGCCUCGGCGGGCACUUCCUCUCCAACGGCGUCUCGUGGGUAUCCCACCCCGUUGCACGAAGUCCACCCACACAGCGCCCCCUUGACAGCCCCUUCUGGCUACCGUGGGUCCAUGACACCAACCAACGGUUCGGCGCCUUAUCCCUCCUAUACGUCAAACAGUGGCCCUGCCCCCCAUGGUCCAGGACGCCUGCGCCUGGACUGCUCUGCGCUCCCGCCUCCUCCUUCGUCAGCCGGUCUUUCUGUCACCCCUUAUUCUGCCAGCCACCCGGUGGAUAUGGGAAAGCUCAACGCCAUCUACAAUGCGCACCGUGCCUCUUUCUGGGCCAGCAUCGCGGCUGAGUACGGACCCGGUGCCAACCCCGUGGUCUUGGAGCAGGCGUGGCGUGGAAACAGCCCUACCUCCAGCUCCAGCUCCAGCUCCAGCUCCAGCUUGAGCCUGGGCAUUGCUGCUCACACGCCCAUUACGCCGAUCGGUAGCCCUGACGAUCACUUUUACAACGGGCAAAGCAAGCCUGACAAGACCAGAAUUAGCGCCAUCCUUGGCAUUGAUGCCAACCCGAGGAGUCCCAGGGAGAGAGAGAUGGUGAGAAGAUUGGAAGAAGAGAGGUGCUCGUUAGGAGUGGUCGGCGCUUGAGUGGAGGAUAUUUUCAGUCUUACAAGCCGCCUGCUCUGACGAGCAUGAUUGGUAAGACACAGGACUUCUGGGUGGUCUCAGUUGUUCCACGCUAUCUUCUCUUCGUUCAGAAUCUUUUAGGGGUGAUGUUUUGGGGUGUUUUGCCAUUUUCUCUCCCUUUUACUUCUCGAGAGGCCACCAGGGCACCCGUGGGACACGGUGUUUCUUGCUGGGGCCGAGGCUUCACCUUUUUUGUCGGAGUUUCUUUUUUUUUCUUUUCUUUUGGAGGCUGAUUCUUUUGCUUUGCUCCCUGUUGGUGCUGUUAUACUUGGCGUUUUGCAUGUUUGCUACGUGGUAUGCCAGCUGAGAGUUGGGUCUUGGGCUGUAAAAAGCCUUGGUGUCGAGUUUUAUACAAUGGCCCUUCCCAUUUUCUGUUCUUCCCUUUUUUGGUAUGGCAGGUAUCGGUGGGAGGAAAUCUAUGAUUGGGAAAGUUGGACGGAUGCUACGGACGAUGAUGGAUGAAGUGAUGACUUCAACAAGACAACACACUUUGAACCAGCCACGAUGACAACACCCACGCACGCCCUGCUACAUACCUACAUACACAUCACAUUCGAGAUGUUGAGAAAUGAGCCUCUUGUUGCCCCAGUGAAGGUGCUCUGUCUUUCUACUUCUUGCUCUUGUUUCUUUCUGCGGAAGGUAUACAUGAUGUUCAGCAAUGAGGCGGAUUUGCAUGUCCUUUUUUCUUUUUCUUCCAUUUUCUUCAAUUUCUUUUCAUGGGGGGGUUUUGGGUGGCG